AUGGCGAGUGUGCUUACGGCUGCCACCUGGGACCCAUUACAGUAUUGCAACUCAAAGGAGUUGUCUCGACUCGAUGAGAGAUUUGAUUUCGCACUGCAAGAUGUGACCUGCCUUGUUUUUUGGACGGGCGUGCCGCCUGAGCUUGCCCGACGCUGGGCAGAGGAACACGGGCUACCGACAUUGACCCUCGCCAUGGGCACCUUGUAUAGCGAUCGCCAUGCAGGUAGCGUGAGAUAUAGCAAGACCUCGACGGCUUGGACCAGGUAUAUGAAGGCGGCUUCCGGUCGAUUUGCAGAGUACGCAUGCCGUGGUGGCCGCCAAGCUGUUGUUCUCACGAAACCUCCUCCAAGCAUCUACAGCUCCAGAAGACGAUCGAACUACCGGGACUUGGAAGAACCGAUUCUGAAAGGAGUCGUUGGCGGACCUGGUACCCUCCGAAUUGA